AAAAAAAUUAUACGCUCGUGAAGCGUAUGAAGAUUACGUAGAGGAUUGCGAAACGAAAAAUCUUAAAGUGGUAUUCUUGAAAUUAUAAAUUAAUCUAAACGCAGAUUCAACUUGUGACGAGAGAUCAAUGAUAUCGAUUCGAGACAUUCUAGAAGCUACAGGGGCUACACGCGCAGAAGCGGAGCGUGCUGCCACAGUAAUACAGGCUGCAUUUCGCGGUCAUUACGAGAGGAUGGUCUCGAGCGAAGCUGAAGGAAAGAUUCAGUGGCAAAGAGCAGUAACGAAUACACUGGAUAUCUUGAGAAAGGCCGGUGCAACGCAAGCGGAAAUCUCCAAAGCCGCAAGACUCGUGAAAUUCGCUUAUCGCGGAUACUACACCAGAAGAAACCAGAAGAUCGAUGCUCCGGAAGCGAAAGAGGAGCCUCCGAAGAAGGAUGAACGUAUACUGGAGCCUGUGGAGGCUGUUCAAGCAGUUGCUUGGAUGGAGAUGAUGUACAAUGAUUCCGGAUUAAUGUUGGAAAAGGCUCACGAGGCUGCUUCGAUUAUCCAAGUGCUCGCACGAAACGACUCAGUCCUCUUACUCUCUUUCUUCACUGUCUGACAUUUUUCUUUCUUGUCUCGCAGAGAGCUUACAAAAGGUAUCGCGCGAAAAAACAUAGCUACGACGUGCAACAAUUGGAGACGACGAAGACAAUGGUCACCGAAGCUGUCCUCGACACGGUGCACCGCAAGAUUUUCGAGAAGGUCACCUCCCGCGAUGAUAUCCCCAAGGAGUAUGGCACGCGGGAGGAAAUGAUGGCCGCGAGCACGAAACUUCAGCUUGCUUUCAAAGAGCAAAUGAGAAAGACGUAUUUAAUAAAAGAAGGUGACUUAGAAAUUGACGAAGACGAGGAGGAUGAGGAAGAUUACAAGGAGCGAGGUACACUGUAAAAUCUCGUUUAAAAAAAAUGAACAUUUCUUUCAGAGAGGAAUUUAAGUUGUUUAGUUAAAACAGAAGCAAAGAAAGUCGCGGCCACUGAACCACAGCUUAAACCUAAGUAUCGCCCAGUAGAACCAAAGGUUCUACCGUCCGAAACGGAAGAACCAUUAACAGAAGAAGAGAUGGAUGAAAUUACAGAGCCGUUGAUGGAUGAAAUUACGAGCCCGGAAUUAGAAUCAGAACCCGAAAUAGAUCGUCCAGAACUUGUCGAAGAAAUCGAGGCUGAUGAAAAAGGUGUGCUGACGACAAUUUUGUAUACUGUAGCGCGUCAAUUAAUAAUGAAAUCCUUACAGUACGUGAGACGGAAGAAGACGAGGAGAGGGAAGAGGAAGAAGACGAGAAAUUAGAAGAAACGGAGAAGAAAGAUGAAAAAUUAGAAGAAGAAACAGGGACGGAGGAAGAGCAGGAAGAAGAAUAGAAGUUGAAGAAAAGGAACAAAAAGCAGAGAUGGCGUAGGAGGAGAAAAAGAGACAGAAGAGAAGCCAAAUGAUGCCCAAGAGGCUGGCGGUACAGCGCACGUUGUGGCAGAAUGAUAUAAAUGCGCUCGUUUAUUAACUUUAUUAAAGCAAUAUACUUCCAAAAUAAGUUUAUUAACUUUAUUAGCGCAAUAUACUUUAAAAAAUAAGCGUCCGGAGGGGCGACGGCGCGCCAUGAGCCUCAAGAUUGAAGUUCUAUCCUUUUCACUCUCUUUUGCGUGCGAUG